CGAGUCAGUGACGACCCACCACUGGUGAGACACGGUUCGCGCGCCCGUGUGUGUCUCUAAAGACAAUAUAAGUAUUAUAUAUUUUUAUCUAUACACAUAAGCAUAAAGAACAUAGAAACGUAUAUAUGUGUUGACGGUCAGCGCAUUAUUUUAUAUUAUCCUUUCCCAAAUGGAUAUCCUCGGGCUAAACAAGCACUUGGCGCUUUUGAUACUUAUUAUAUCGUUGAAUAUAUCCUCAUCGCUGUCUAGACAGCAUCGCCUCCGACAUGGCAGACACAAAAGACAACAGUGGAACGCUACGUUUAGCAGUUCCGGAUUCAUACCCGAGUACCACGUGUACCUUGAAGGAGGCGGUCCUGAAGGAUAUGGCGAAUGGACUCCUUGGUCAGACGAUAGUCAAUGUUCCCGGAGUUGCGGCGGAGGAGUCGCUUACCAAACUAGACGGUGUUUAACAUACAGGCCAGAUGGUACCGAAGAAUGUACAGGCCCAUCGAAACGAUACUACUCGUGUAAUACUCAACGGUGUCCGCGGGGCAGUUUGGAUUUCCGCCUCGAACAAUGUUCAGCGUUCAAUCGCGUUCCAUUCGAAGGAUCGACAUACGAAUGGAUACCGUAUACUAAAGCGCCGAACAAAUGCGAACUCAAUUGUAUGCCUAAAGGCGAACGGUUUUACUACAGACACAGAAACAAGGUGAUAGAUGGCACAACAUGCGACGAAGAGAGAUUGGAUGUUUGCGUCGAAGGCAAAUGCAUGCCUGUCGGAUGCGACAAUGUCCUCGGUUCUCCGAUCAGGGAAGACCGAUGCCGUAAUUGUGGAGGCGACGGCACAAAUUGCAAUACAGUCCGAGGUGUUUUGGACAUGAACGACUUGCAGUAUGGAUACACGGAUAUAUUGUUGAUUCCCGCGGGUGCUACCAAUAUCAGAGUCAGAGAAAUUCAACCGUCCAACAAUUAUUUGGCCAUCAGAAAUGUAACCGGACACUAUUACCUGAACGGUAAUUGGAAAAUCGAUUAUCCUAGGAGUUUGCAAUUCUGCGGUACCGUGUUUCAUUAUGAGAGAAAAAAAAGAACUUUGUACACUCCCGAGAUUAUAACAGCGUUGGGGCCAAUCACGGAGGCUAUUUUCAUUGUCCUGCUGUACCAAGAAUCGAAUCCUGGCAUCGAAUAUGAAUACAGCAUUCCGACCGACGCUGUAAGACAAACCCUGUCCAGAGGUUACAGCUGGAUGUACAGCGAAUUCACCGAAUGUAACACGAGCUGUGGCGGAGGAACAAGAACAAGAAAUGUUUGGUGUGCUCAAAAGAACGACUCGACAUCUGCACCCUCAGAACUUUGCGAUCCUGCUUUGGAACCAUUGAGUACCCAAUCUUGUUCAAUGGAACCCUGUCCACCUAAGUGGUCACCAACCAGUUGGUCGGAGUGUACACACAAAUGUGGAAACAACGGAACUCAAACAAGAGACAUCAAAUGUGUGCGGCGAGUUAGCGGCGUUGACUUGCCCAUAGACAGCGCCUAUUGUGAACAGUAUGAUGGAAAAAAACCAGAAAUCACACAGCCUUGUAACGUUGGCCUAGAAUGUCCGCUUUGGCACACUGACCCGUGGAAAUCUUGCGAUCAACUGUGUGGUCCGGGAAAGCAGACAAGAAAAGUGACAUGUUACAGAAAAGUGGAUAAAAAAAUCAAUGUACUCAACGACAGCGACUGCGAUAGCGAAAAGCCCGAGACAGAAAAGCCGUGCGAGCUUCGCCCUUGCGAAGGCGUCGAUUGGGUGAUAUCUACGUGGUCGGGGUGCGGCGAUUGUAACUUGGACGUUGAAACAAGACAAGUGGUGUGCGCAAACUCAAAGGGCAAACAAUAUGACUCCAAAUUUUGCAAACAGUCAAAGUAUCCAGAAACGUCAAGAAAUUGUACACCGUCGGACGCUUGCGAAUUUCAGUGGUACGCCACUCAGUGGAGCGAAUGUUCUUCCAAGUGCAGCACGGGUGUACAGGUUCGCAAGGUAUUUUGCGGCACUCUCGUCGGGGAGACAAUAAAAAAAGUCGACGUAGCCAAAUGCGAUCCUAACAAAAGGUACGAAGACACUAAAAACUGUACCGGAAAAGAGACUUGCAAGGGAGAAUGGUUCUCGGGACCUUGGAGUGCGUGUACCAAACCAUGUGGCUCGGGUGAGAAGAGCAGGCAAGUGUUCUGCAUAAUCGGUAAUAAAACCGUGACUGCCAAACAGUGUAACGAGGAUACCAUUUUGUAUGCCAGCGACUCGUGUAACGACAAACCGUGCGGAGAAGAUCAAAUCUUGCCGGUAGAAUCGAAAAAGCCGAUUUCCGAAGAAGAUACGUCGGACGACGAAUGCGAAGACGAAAUGAUCACUGUCACUCCAUUUGCCAUCGACCUGGACAGCGAGGUUACCACUAUACCGUACUCGACUGAAACUGACAGUCCUCCUGAAACUGUCACAGACAUAAAAGAAACUACUGUUGCUGCAGUCGAAACCACAACGCAAGAAGAAAUGACAGUUACAACAACUACCGAAGAAUCGACGACGACCACGGUAACACCUAAAACCACUACCUUUACACCAAAGACAACAGCCAAACCGAAAGCAAGCAAACCCUCUGGAACCACCAAGGCUAAGCCCAAACGACCUAAGAGAGAAGCAUUGCCGGAUGUCGUAUUGAAAUUCGAUAAAUCGUCACCGACCACUUUACCAUCCGACGUAAUAUCGUCUUCAACUGAUUAUUCAACCACCGAUAUGUCGUCUACGGACAUGUCGUCUACGGAUAUGUCGUCUACGGACAUGUCGUCUACGGACAUGUCGUCUACGGACCUGCCGUCUACUGAGCUGUCGUCUACGGACAUGUCGUCUACCGAUGUUUCGUCCACUGAUAUGUCAUCCACCGAAAUCAGUUCUACUAGUUCUACCGAAUUGACUAGCUUGAAUGUCACGUAUCCACCGGUGCUCACAACUACCACAGAAACCUACACAAAUACAACGGUAGAGGUUACAGAGACCAGCAGCAGCGAUGCUGUGGACACAACUUCCAAUACUGAGACUUCCGCAGAGUCCACAUCUUCUAUGGUUACCACAGUCCAAUCGUUUAGUAGUUCCGAAUCCGACAGUACUCUGGAAACCGAAUCGAGUUCCAUGUCGAGUCCACUGUCGUCUUCUUCGCCGGCGUCAUCUUCGAGUCCAGAACUUUCAUCUCUUUCUUCGACCGAGCCUAUGUCGUCCACUACAGACCAACCAACGGGUUCCACUGAUCUCACACAAUCGUCUACAGAUUUGUUAUCUUCCACCAGCCAAGCCACUAGCACGACGACCAAAAAAGGUACGCCUAAUGUAAACCCGUUAAUUCGUAAAUUGAACGAUUCGAAACGUAAGUGUAAAAAGAAAAAGAGCAGAGCUUGCGAGAAGUCUGAGUUCGGGUGUUGUUUCGACGGCAAAACACCAGCCAAAGGGCCGUUUAGUUCAGGUUGUGCCGAAGUACAUACGUGUAAAGACAUGGAAUAUGGAUGUUGCCCGGACGAAGUAUCGCCAGCAAGCGGACCCGACAACGAAGGAUGUCCUCCGUCUAUGUGUAACGAGACUUUGUACGGAUGUUGUCCAGACGGUUUUAGUAUUUCUCAGGGUAAUGACAACGAAGGAUGCCCUGUUGAAUUGACCACCGUCCCUGUGAUAACCACCACGGAAGCUCUUGAAAUCGGCUGCCAGACUUCACAAUUUGGUUGCUGUCCAAACGGAAUAACACCAGCCACUGGACCUAGUUUCCAAGGAUGUUACGAGUGUGCUGAAGGAUCUGGAGAGUGUGAUACAUGUUCGGAAACCAAAUUCGGUUGUUGUGCGGAUAACGUUACCGCAGCCUCGGGACCAAACUUCGAGGGUUGUCAGGAUAACAUGACAACUGAUGGUUUCAUGCCGGUUUCGUCUACUACCGAAUUAAAUUACGAUUCUUGCCAAUCAUCCGAAUACGGUUGUUGUCUUGACGGAGUAACUUCUGCAACAGGAAACAACUUGGAAGGUUGCGUAGGCGUUGAUUUCGAUAACUGCACGUUGAAUGGAAAUGACACUGAUUGCUUGCCAGCAUGCGCGAAUACAACAUUUGGAUGUUGCGACGAUAACAGUACCGCCGCGCAUGGACCUAAUAAGGAAGGAUGCUGUUUGGAUACUCAAUACGGUUGCUGUCCGGAUAACAUUGUAUCGGCCGACGGGCCCAACUUGCAAGGAUGCGGCUGUACAUACACUCCCUUCGGUUGUUGUCCGGAUAACACAACUACCGCUAGAGGACCAAACAACGAUGGAUGCGGUUGUCAGUACACCGAACACAAGUGUUGUCCCGAUAAAUUCACCCCCGCCUCCGGUCCUCAGUACCAAGGAUGCCCGUGUCACACUUAUCAGUUUGGUUGCUGUCCGGAUGGUGUGUCUAGAGCGAUGGGUCCGAAUUUGCAAGGUUGCGGAUGUGAAAACUCACAGUUUGGAUGUUGUGGCGAUAACAAGACACCGGCUCAGGACGCAUCUAAAAACUGUAGCUGCGAGGCUUCCAGGUUCGGUUGUUGUUUGGACGGCGUCACGGAAGCGCGGGGCGAGAACUUCGAAGGAUGUUCAGCUAAACCGGCAGUGCCGGGAGCUAACUGUAAGGAACCUAAAGACCGCGGCAGCUGUUCCGAGUUCACUGUCAAAUGGUUCUUCGACACAGAGUACGGCGGUUGUUCUAGGUUCUGGUAUGGUGGAUGUAACGGUAACAACAAUCGCUUCAAAACCCAAGAAGAAUGCAAAGCCGUUUGUGUCGAACCCACCGGACGAGACGUGUGCUACCUGCCGAAGAGCGUGGGGCCUUGUGAAGGAUACUAUCCUACUUGGUAUUAUGAUAGCGACCGCAAACAGUGCGCUCAGUUCAUCUAUGGUGGCUGUCUCGGCAACAACAACAAGUUCCAGACUCGCGAGGAAUGCGAACACAUUUGCGUCAUUCCCGAUACUUUGGAUGCUUGCGAGCAGCCCCUUACGACGGGGCCGUGCCAGGGCAACUACACGCGAUGGUUUUACGACAAAACGACUAGGACUUGUUCAGAGUUCAACUACGGCGGAUGCAAAGGAAAUAAGAAUAAUUUCAUGUCUAAAGAAUCAUGUGCACACAAGUGCAUAAGUCCGUUAAAAACACAAGAAGAAUGUUUGAUGACUGCGGCUCGUGGUAGUUGUGACAAGAAAAUUCCACGGUGGUAUUUUGAUAAUAACGAAAAUGCAUGUAAACCCUUCUAUUUCACCGGUUGUGGUGGGAACGCUAACAGCUAUGAAACGCAAGAAUCUUGCGAAACUAAGUGCCCGCCAAGGCGAAAACUCGACACUUGCAAGCUACCGGCUCUGGUCGGCGAAUGUCAUAACUACACCAGUCGUUGGUACUUUGACGCUUUGGAAGAGCGUUGUAGACAAUUCUACUAUGGAGGUUGCGGUGGUAAUGAAAAUAAUUUUGUCUCCGAGUACGCUUGCGAACGACAGUGUACCGGCAGCAGUAGCCGUUUGACGACUUUACCUCCUGCUGGGUUUUCAAAAGACAAAUGUUUCUUGUAUCAAGACCGCGGCAACUGCACUAACGGGACACCGAAGUACUUCUACGACAGUCAGGAUGGAGUGUGCAAACAGUUUAUGUAUGGCGGCUGUGGGGGCAACGAGAACCGUUUCGAAACGAAACAAGAUUGUGAAAAACAGUGUUUCGACGCGCAAGACAUUUGCAUAUUACCGAAAGUGGAAGGACCGUGCAGAGGAGACUUCAGACAGUGGUAUUACGACCGAAGCAGCGACAGGUGUUUCCAGUUUAGAUACGGCGGAUGUCAAGGUAACACGAAUCGAUUCAACGAUCGCCAGUCUUGUGAAGGUCGAUGUGUGCGCAAUCCCACGAGUGCCACGACCGUCUCGCAGUCAGCCGUCGUUCCGUCUCGACCUAGCGACGCUUGUCUUUUCUCACUGGACCCCGGCCCGUGUCUUCAAACAGUCGAGAUGUGGUACUUCAAAUCGUCUUCGAGACGUUGCGAGACGUUCAUCUUUGGAGGCUGCGAAGGCAACGCCAACCGCUUUGAGUCGGCCGAUGUCUGCGAGAGAACCUGUCAGCCGUACAUUGACAGUGCAAAUCAAAUUGACGUCGAUGUGCGCAUACCUCCUAAAGUAACCGAAGAACCGGCGAUGGUGACGGACAUAUGCGAGGCAGGUCGAGUGCGGUGCAAACAGUUGACGGAGGAGGCGGCUGCUCAAUGUCCUUACGGGCUGGAGCAUUGGGUGAACGCGAUUGGUUGCGAAGACUGCCGCUGUUACAACCCUUGUUUGCCAGGGGCCGACCAAAAAUCGGUAUGCCCACCCGACUACCAGUGUAUAGUAGACGUGUUUACAUCUGAGAACGGAGAUUCCAAGUAUAAGCCCACGUGCAGACCCGUGUUCAAACCUGGAGAAUGCCCACAGUUGGCGGUUUAUCAGAGUGACUGCGCCGAACAGUGUAAAACCGAUGCGGACUGUAUAGGAGACGACAAGUGCUGCUACAACGGUUGUGGAACAUUCUGCUUGCGACCACUACCGGUCAACCAGACGAGCACGCCUGUUCCGGUCAUUGCUUCCCAGGAAAAAGCAUCACCACCGCAAAUUGUAGACGUUGCCGACACCAAAGUCGAAGCAGAAGAAGGUAACUACGCAUCCCUCAAAUGUUUGGUGGUGGGUAACCCUACGCCCACAAUCGUUUGGCAGAAGAACACGACGUUGAUUGACGGAACUGGAGGUCGUUAUAAGCUUUCGUCCGACGGCACGCUGCAAAUAAUCGGUUUGUACAGAUACGACUCUGGUUUGUACAUUUGCAUAGCCACAAACGGAAUUGGCGAUCCCAUCAGGAAAGAAGUUUACUUGACCGUCAAAGACCCGGUACCACAUCCUGCCAACGUGAUCGGCGAGGACAGCACUGGUGCUGUGGUAGCUCUAGACGGUCCCGCGGUACUGCAGUGUUACGCAGUCGGUUGGCCCCGACCCAUAGUUACCUGGUGGCGUGCAGACCGGAUGCUGCCUUUGAGUUCAGAUCAAUACGAACAAAGGCGCGACCAUUCGCUGAUCGUCAAGCUCGUCACUGUCCACGUUUUGGGUCCUUACACGUGCCAGGCAUACAACGGGCUGGGACGGGCCGCUUCGUGGAGCAUAACGCUCCAGGCGUACGGUACGCCCACGGCCGACCAGCUGGACAACCCGUACUUGGUGCCACCGCCAAGAGACCCGGUAACCGGUCACAUUAUCCGUUACAAACCGGUCAUGGUGAAAAUCACCAGACCGCCGCCCGUACUUAGACUGACCACUAGCACUCCGGAAGUGAUCGAGUCCACCACGUCAAAGGUGUUCACCGUACCCGUUCGGGUCAACAUAACGAUGCCGGUCACCACUUUUGGAGUAGGAGGUGACUUAACCGUACCUUGCUCGGUGGACGGUUACCCUACACCGUCUGUGGUUUGGUACAAAGACGACCAACUGGUCCGGAACACCGAGAGGACUCAGACGACUGAAAACAAUCAGCUGGUAGUGGUCCAUACAAACUCAUCGGAUUCCGGUGUGUACAAGUGUGUAGCUUAUAACGCUUACAGUUCAGACGAGAAGUCCGUCAACAUUACAAUCGAAGGUCUAUACAUUCAUCCCAACUGCACGGACAACCGGUACUUCGCCAACUGUGCGCUGAUCGUCAAGGGAUUCUAUUGCAACCAUGCUUACUACAAAAAGUUCUGCUGCGAGUCGUGCACCCGAGCCGGUAUGUUACCUUCCACGGGCAGCGGUUCCAAUCUAGAUUUCCAGUACAUCGGCUCCACCCUUAGACGGUUCAGAAGAGAUCUAGUCAACAAAAUCUACAAUUUAAACUUGUUCUAAAACCGCGUACAUAGUAUAGCCUCCGAUAUAUAGGUACAUGUAUUGUUUUCCACUUCGUUUGAUGUCUUACAAUAUUAUACAACAAUAACAAUAACAUAUAAUUACUAAAAAUAAUUUAAUCCAUUUUCCUUAUUCGACCCAAAACCCUUUUUGGGGCGAAUAAGGGAAUGACCCUUGGUCAUUGUGAAAUCUAACGAUUGCGGACACUCAACUGUCCGCCGUUAACACAUGAAAUAAUAGAACAAAGUAAAUACCAUUCGGGUACCUAUACAAUUUUAGUCGUACCCGUUGCCGUUUUUGGAUAAAUUCACUUAUAUUUAGCUGUGUAGUUUUUAAAUUAUUAUAUUUGCCAUCAUAUUUGCAAUACCUAUGUUUAAGGUUUUAGAUUCUUCAUAAAGGCUUUCUCCGAUCCGACUCUCUCGAAAGUAUUUAUUAGGCGAGGUUUUACUUUUCUCAUUAAAACGACUAUUUAAAUUUUUCCAUUAAAUCCGACUAUGUACACACAUUUAAUAUUUUUAAAAUCGCGUCACUCCGGUCACCGACUGAUAGUUUAGGACCAAAAUUUGUAAAUAAAAAUCAAUAUAUACUUCCUCCUUUUUCGUUAGUGUCGUCUCUUGUAAUAAUCUUAUAGAGGCAGACUUCACGAGUAGGUAGCGCUGUCGUUAACCUAGUAUAGUUAUUAACACCAUAAUAUUAUUAUAAUAAUAAUAUAACAUUAAUUAUAUAUUAUAUUUAUUGAGUUUUAUAUGUGUUUCAAUAUUUGAAUAAAUUUAGCAUGUACGUAUAUCUGUAUUGUAGUGUUUUAAUUAUGAAUAUAAUUAAUAGGUAGGUAUAUAUAAGUACCUGUUCGUGUAACCAAAUGUAGGUACAUAUUUAUAGUUUUUAGUUUAGCUCCUAAUAUAAUAUUAUCUAUACCUGUAGGUACCUAGGUAAAUACAAAUAUCAAAACACCUAGGUAUCUAGCAGAAUAGGUAUAUUAGUAAUAUUAUAUAGUAAGUUCAGUUAUAAUACGGUUAACAUUGUCGGCAAAUUGAAUAAGAAAAAUCAAAAAAUGAAAAAAAUGUACAUUGGUACAUUAUUCUACUAAAUUUUGGUAGUUGUAUAAUUUUUAACCAUUUUCCUCACUUCGCGAUGAAUUGUCCUACCUAUAUUCUUUAUUAUGUAUAUGUAACACGUCUAUUAUUUAAGAAUUAUAUAAUUAUUACUACUUAUUAUGAUACCGACCUUUAUUAUAAUCUCCUUUUCGACUUAUAUUAUUAGUUAAUAGUGAUGAAAAAUU